AGAACUAUGUCGGAUGACUAAGCCACCUUAUCUUUUGGCUCUUAACACUGGAAUAAUACCCACAAACCCUGAUUGAUGGAGCUUUGCAGUUCCAGUUUGUUUCGAGCGAGACGUGUUUCGCCUCGGGCUUUCCAGUACUCAACGCGUUGCUGGGUGGUGAAGUUGGCCCCGUUGACUGGUUGAUUGUUGUGGCUAGUUAAUCAACUAUGCGGUACUAUGAAGAUCCAUGUGGCUAUCCUGCUCGCCAUCACCAUGGUCGUCCAAAUAUCGAGAUUGAUGUGGUUCCCGGUUGGGGUGGCGGCUACUAUCCGCCGCCGCCUCCGCCUCGGCCCACCGAGAUUGUCUACAUGACCCCGGCGGCCACCUAUGUGCCCGGUGCCCAGGUGGUGAUGCCACAGCCCUACGGCGGCGUCACGGUGGCCACCAAUGGAUACUAUCCACAGCAGCAGCAGGCAUACCAGGAGUACCAGUACCAGUACCAGUAUCAGCAGCCGCAGCCCUACAACAAUCCACCAUAUCCGCAGUGGUGAACGACGUCGGACUGGAAACUAAGCCAUCACCUCAAUGUUCCACGAGCACUAACAAAGCAAAUUUACUAUCGAUAGAGUGUAAGGGAGCGAUAGAUAACAGGAAAAUCAAAACAAAUAUCUUGUUGUCUUAAUCUUAAGUUGAAAUCACAACGCAGAGUGGCGCAAUAGUGUUGAUAGUGGAUUCCUAGACAAUACGUACCAAUGAGGAUAUAAAUUUCAAACCAAAGAAAUGUGCAGAAAUCAAAGAAGGAAUUUAACUUUAAUUGUUUCUAUCAAACGGUUAAGUAAAAUCUAACAAAAUAACCAAUUGUGCUGCCUAACACUAAUACGAAUUAUUGAAAUCAAAUAAAUAAAAUCGUUUGCUC